AUGCCACCUGCUAACGCUUCUAAGGAAGAAAAGGAAGAUUCAAAAAUUACUGAUGAAAGGCAAGCAUGGAUUGAAAAGAUUGUGAGGAACACUUUUAGAGUGUCAGAGAAGGAAACAAGAAAGUUACUUGAAACAGAUGAAUAUAGAAAAAUCACAAGUACCUUCUUUGAAAAUGUAGAAGCCAAACAAAUUUUCAUCUUCUACAACUCGGGCAACAAUCUCAGUAUUGCAAUUCAAAUGCCAUCAUCGUAUUUGAAAAAGACAAUAUACUUUAUCAAAAAAUCCAAAGUUUCGCUCACACCUGAAAACAUUGCGAACUCGCUCUUGGUUGGUGAAGUGUCGGAGUCAGCACUCGAAACACUGUCAUUGGUAUCCAAUCAACUUUUCCUUCCAAUAUUGAAGAAUAGUGUGGAACAAUCAUCAUCAGCCGAAGAUUCAGAUGAGAAAGUCUCUAGAGAUGUCGUUACAUAUUUUCAUAAAUUCCUAGCUACCGUUGCAAGAAACAAGAGAUCAAGAACAAGACAAGGAUAUGAUUCAUGCCCUCGAAACAGCAGUUGUAAAUUGGGCCAAUCAAAUCAAGGAUGUCUUGACAAAAGAUCCCGAAGUUCUUUUCACCCCAAUUAUCAUCCAGGACCAUUGGAUGAAAUUGAAUUUUGGAAUUCGAAAAGAGCUGAUCUAGAUUCAAUUUCAAAGCAACUCGCUAGCGAUAAGGUCACAAAGGUCAUUGAAAUUCUCAAAAACAAUCAAAGUACCUAUAUUCCAUCAUUUAUGAAAAUGGUGGAAGAAGUUGAUGUAAAAAAACAAGAGGCAUUCGAUAACCACAGGUUUUUGAAACCACUAAGAAAAUAUUUUGAAAGUGUUAACAUCAAGAGUGACAACCAUUCAGAAUAUUUAGAGUUACCAAACGUGUUUAGAAGCAUUUUUCACUUGAUAUUUAUGAUUUGGAAAACUUCAACUACUUACAACAAACCAGAACGUCUUGUUGUUCUAGUGAGAGAGCUCUGCAACGAUCUCAUUGAUCAUUCUAGAGAAUACAUUGGAGGUAAAGAAAUUUUCAACACUGAAUUUCCUGAUGCUGUCGAGAAGUUUGAAAACACUCUGUCCAUCUGCGGUUUGGUGAAGAAGUAUUUUUUCGCUUACAAGGCCAAAGUUGAGCAAGAGUGCCCUAAUAAUCAAUGGAAAGUUGCCCCAGCAGCUCUCUUCCACAGAUUGGAUCUAUUCUUGGAGAGAUGUAGAGACAUACUAAAUAUUUUCAAUCAAGGCAGAUUGUUUGGAAAAUUGGCAAAUAUUCAAAUUGGUGGUACAAAAGGUGAUAGUUUAAGUAGAGAGGUGAAAGAUAUUCACGUUAGAUUUAGUGAAGAAAUUGCCAAGUUUAAAGAAAUUCAGUACGAUGCACUAAUGGUUGAAGAGCACAAGUUCGAAGAAGACUUUUAUAACUUUAAGAAUCAAAUUAAGGAAUUCGAAAAGAAGAUUGGAUCGAUCAUCUCGAAAAGUUUUGAAGAAAGUAACACUAUUCAUGCUGGAGUUAAAGUGAUUGAAAGUUUUGAUGGCCUUUUAGAUCGUGAGAGUGUUCAACAAGAAAUUGUCAAGAAGCAAGGUGAUUUACUUACAACCUUUAGAAAAGAGUUGAAGAGAGUUCAACAAACGUUCACCGAGUCGAAAAACUCCCCAAUUAUUUUCCAUAACAUGCCACCCGUGACAGGAGCAAUUCAAUGGGCAGAAUCAUUAUUGGAGAGAAUUGACGGACCAAUGACUAAGCUCACUUCAUUGAGCAAGACUGUCUUUGAAACUUCUGAAGGAAAAGAGACUGUCAAACUCCACGCUAACAUUGUUGGAAAAAUUAAGCAGUAUCAACAACAAUUGUAUACGGAAUGGGCAAAGUCUGUUGGUGAGACAUCAGAAACCAAGUUGAAUGAAAAAUUGUUGAAGAGAGGUCAAGAUGGUAUGGUCACUGUAAAUUUUGAUCCUGCACUUGUUAGACUUUUGAGAGAAGUCAAUUAUCUUCAAAAGAUCAACACUCUUCACGAAGGUGAACCUCAAUGGAACAUUCCACAAGAAGCUAUUGACCUGUUCGAAAAGAAUGAAAAGUAUAGAACACAAACAGGUAGCUUGGAGUAUAUUGUAAAUAUGUACAAUGUUGUUCAUUCAUCUCUGAUUGAUGUUGAGAGACCACUCUUCCAACAACAACUCGACAAGAUUGACACCAUUUUGGAAAAAGCUACAACCGAGUUGUGCUGGAAGAAUGAUUCAGAGAUUGAUACAUUUUUGUCUGAGGCUAUGAAUGCAGUCAAACUUGCAAGUCAUACUCUUUCAUGUAUUAAGAAAAAUAUUGGAGAAAUUGAAAAGGCUUUGGUUAAAUGGGAGAAGAAUCCAAUGUUCCAAAGAAAGGAAACAAGAACAUUAACAAUGAAAGAGUUUGAUGCAAGAAGCAAGGAAAUGAAAUCUACCUAUGAUAAAAUGGUCAAGAAAACUGGUGAGCUAAUAUCCGCCAAAUUGAGUGACUGUCUUGAAGUACUACGAGGAGGAAAACAAAAGUCAUCUGAGGAACAAAUUCCUCAAGAACUUGGAUGUAUUGGAGUUGAUGAAAAUAGUGCAGCAUGGAAGAAUUUCGUAACAUAUGCCAAUAAUAUGGUCAUUGAUGGAAUUUGUAAAUCUGUCAUGGCCUCCAUGAAAUCUCUAAUGGAGCAAAUGAGUGUUGAAUAUUUGCAAAGAACUGAACAAAGCCCAUUCCUCGAAAUUUCUCUUGUACUUGAAAAGAAACACACCAACAUACCACAUCAUGAUAUUUAUGAAGCAUCAUUCAGUCCUAGUCUUAAACCAAAAGAUGAAGGCUCAUUCAAGACGGUCAUAGAUUCAUGGAUCAAUGAUUUCUGUACGGUAUCGGCCUCUAUUUCCCGAUUAGACACAGGAUCAGGAGAUUAUCGGAAAGAGGUUAUGCAAAAUACUGAAAUCAAGAACGCUAUCAAGCAAAUUCAUGACAGCGUUGAUUAUGUGACAAAUGAAUGUAACAAGUUUGCUGAACAGUUCAUAGCACACAAGAAAAUUUAUGAGAUUGAUCAAAAGGAGCACUUUGAAGAAUUCCUAGAACAUACUUUACCACACGAGCAAACUAAGGGCAAAGCCUACAACAUUGAUGUUGCUAAAUUCGAUGAGCAAAUCAAAAAGUACCACGGUAUUUAUGAACAAAUCAAGGAGCUGACAGGUUGUGACAAUGCAGGAUGGCUACGAGUGGAUGCCAAGCCAAUCAAACAAGAAUUAUUACGAAUUUGCACCUCGUGGGAAAAACAAUUCUCCAACUUCUUGGCCAAUAGCGUCUCUGAACGACUCAAUGAUAUUUUCAGCUUUAUGGCUACUGUUGAGAGUGGAAUUGACAAGGAAGUUGCUACCGGAGAUAUUGCCACGCUGAGAGAGGUGAUUCGAUACAUUCGAGAUAUCAAGAUUGAGACUGAGAGCGAGCAUGGCAUUUUCCAACCUUUGCAAGAAAUUACUCAACUCCUUGCCUCCUACGGUAUCGAGCUUGCUCCAACAUUAAUUUCUUCGCUUGAGCAAGCACCAGCCAAAUGGGAUGGACUUUAUAAGAGAUCAUUGGUGAGAAGAACCGAGUUGAGCGAUCUUCAAGAUCAAGAAUCUACCAAAGUGAAGGAACAAGGUGUUCAAUUCGGUAAACGAGUUCUCAAAUUCCAAGAAGAAUUCAGAGAGAUUGCUGCAUUCUUUUACAAAUCAGGAUCGCAAGAAGCUUACAAGUCUAUCGACAAGUGGCAAUUACUUCUUGUCGACAUGGAAAAGGAGGCAACUAAAUUGAGAGAGUUGCAAGACUUGUUUGAAAUUACUGUAAGCGAGUAUAAUGCCCUAAAGACAUGCAGAGAAGAGGUUGUUUUGUUAAAGUCUCUGUGGGAUAUUAUUGCUCAUAUUCUCUCACUCUUUAAGGAUUGGAUGAAAACUUCAUUCAAGAAGGUUGAUGUGGACGCUCUUGUUGAAGAAUCAAAGAAGUUGAAAAAAAUUAUUCAAAACUUUAAUGCCAAGGCCAGAGCUUGGGACAGUUAUAUUGGCUUGAACAAUGCUGUAACGAACAUGUUGACUUCACUUCCUCUUGUUCAAGACUUGAGAAAUCCUGCUAUGCGAAGAAGACACUGGGAUGAAUUGUUAGAUGAGACUCACAAGAAAGGUGCCAUUGAUCCAGAUGACAAUUUUAAUUUAGAUCAAUUAUUAGAUCUCGGUCUUCACAGUUAUGUUGAUACUGUUCAAACCAUUGUAGACAAGGCAAGCAAGGAGUUGAUCAUUGAAAAGAGUUUAACAAAGGUUGAAUCUACAUGGGAAAAAUUAGCCUUCGUUUUUGAAUUUUUCAUUGACUCUUUAACAAAAUGGCAAAUUGCACUCUCUACCAUUGAUAGUAUCAUUACAGAAUGGGUAGGAGUACAAAAGAAGUGGCAAAACUUGUAUCCAAUCUUUAUGAUGUCCAAGGAUAUCAAGGAAAAGUUGCACGAAGAUGCUGUAAGAUUUGCUGAAGCCGAUUCCGAAUGGAGAAUAUUUAUGGAUGUGGCCAAGACAGUACCAAAAAUUACUGAAGCAUGUACUGAGCCAACAAUUCGUACAAAGCUCAACUCCAGCUUGGAUGUAUUGGAGUAUUUACAACACGUAGAAGAAAAGUUAGACAUGUGUCAAAAGUCGCUCUCAGAGUAUUUGGAGACGAAAUGUAAGGCAUUCCCAAGAUUCUACUUUAUCAAAGCAGGAGAUGUUAUUGAUAUUUUGAGUAAGGGUUCUUAUCCCAAGCUUGUCAUGAAACACAUGUCAAAAAUUAUCGAAGCUACUUCUACUUUAACCUUUGAUGAAAAUUCUGAUAUUGCUAACGGUCUUAUUAGUAAGGAAGAUGAAAUCAUCUCGUUCCCUGAAAAGUAUGAAUGUAAAGGUCCUGUUGAGGAUUGGUUGAACGGCGUAUUGAAAACGGUUGUCAAGUCUUUAACCACCAUUUUAGGAGAAGCUCAUGCUGCCUACGUUGAACAACAACGAGAUCAAUGGGUCUUCCAAUUUCCAGCUCAAAUCGUUGUUGUGGCUUCUCGUGUUUGGUUCACAAGCGAAGUCAACUCAGCCUUUGAAAGACAAGAAGAAGGAAAUAAGAACGCUCUCAAAGAUUACUAUAAUCAACUUAAGGAUCAAUUGGCCAAACUAACUACCCUGGUUCAAGGAGAAUUGACUUCAGGUGACCGAAAGAAGAUUAUCACUCUUAUCACUGUAGACGUUCACAACAGAGACAUUGUUCUCAAGCUGAUGGAGGAAAAGGCAGAAAACGCUCAGGUAUUUACUUGGCAAUCCCAAUUGAGAUAUAGCUGGGAUGAUACUAAAGGUUGUACCAUCAACAUUGCUGAUGCUGAAUUUAAAUAUGGCUAUGAGUAUAUUGGUAAUUGUGGUUGCUUGGUUAUUACACCACUCACAGACAGAUGUUACAUUACCCUAACACAAUCAUUGAGAUUAAUCAUGGGAGGUGCUCCAGCCGGCCCUGCAGGUACAGGUAAAACUGAAACAACAAAAGAUCUUGGAAGAGCUUUGGGUAUUCAGGUCUAUGUGUUCAACUGUACUGAGCAAAUGAAUCCAGCUUCAUUGGGUAAUAUUUUCAAAGGUCUUGCUAUGACUGGUACUUGGGGUUGUUUCGACGAGUUCAACCGUAUUAGAGUUGGUGUCUUGUCUGUCGUUGCCACACAAUUUAAAUCCAUUCUUGAUGCCCUCAGAGCCCAAAAGAAAGAAUUUAUUUUCGAACAGGAAAAUAUUUCACUCAUUCCAACAUGUGGUGUUUUCAUUACCAUGAAUCCUGGUUAUAAGGGACGUACAGAGUUGCCAGAAAACCUUAAAGCCUUGUUUAGACCUUGUGCAAUGAUUGUUCCUGACUUUAUGAACAUUUGCGAGAUCAUGUUGGCUUCAGAAGGUUUCAUUAAUGCAAAAGAUUUGGCUAAAAAGUUUGUGACACUCUACAGAUUGAAUAAGGAAUUACUAUCCAAACAAGAUCACUACGAUUGGGGUCUUCGUGCCAUUAAAUCUGUGCUCGUUAUUGCAGGAGGUUUGAAGAGAGCUGAACCAACAGUCUCUGAAGAUCGAAUUCUUAUGAGAGCUCUCCGAGAUACCAAUCUUGCCAAAUUAUCCAAGGACGAUAUUGAAAUUUUCAAAGGACUCAUCAGAGAUUUGUUCCCAAGAAUUGAAAUUGAGCCAAAGAGUGAUCCAGAGUUGGUGAAGGCCAUUAAACAAGCAACUGAAGAACGUAAAUUACAAACUGGAGAAAAUGAUAUUUUCAUUGGCAAGGUUGUUCAAUUCAAGGAAUUGCUCGAUGUAAGACACUCUGUAUUCGUUUUGGGUCCUGCUGGCUCUGGUAAGAGCUGUGUCUGGAAAACAUUAGCCAAGGCUUUUGAAAUUCAAGGCAAGAGAACUUGGUUCCAUGUGCUCAAUCCAAAAUCUGUCACCAGUGGUGAAUUGUAUGGUUAUACUCAUCCUGUUUCAAAAGAUUGGAAAGACGGUCUUCUUUCAUUCACAAUGAGAGAAAUGGCUGAAACUAAAACCUCAAAUCCAAAGUGGAUUGUAUUGGACGGUGAUAUCGAUGCUGAGUGGAUUGAAUCCAUGAACACAGUCAUGGACGAUAACAAGGUCUUGACUUUGGCCAGUAAUGAACGUAUUCCACUCAAUCCAACUAUGAGAAUGCUUUUCGAAAUUGACCAUUUAAGAAAUGCCACUCCUGCCACAGUUUCUAGAGCUGGUAUUCUCUUCUUGAACGAGACAGACAUUGGAUGGCAACCAUUCAAAGAAAGCUGGAUUGAGGCAAGAAAUGUUGAAAAAGAAAAGCAAAACCUUGAUCGUUUAUUCUACACCUAUGCACCACACAUUCUUGGAUGGCUUAAAAAACAUCAUCAUAUCAUUCCAAGACAAGAUAUCAACAUGAUUCAAACUUUGUGUUAUUUGUUAGAAAGCCUCAUCACACCCGAGUCAUGUCCACCAGGAUGUUCUCAUGAAAUUUAUGAAUACUACUUUGCAUUUGCUUGUGUUUGGGCCUUUGGUGGUGCUCUAGAAGAGGAUGAAAGAAUACUUUUCAACGGAAUGUUUAAGAAAGACUUCCCACAAGUUAAAUUCCCAGAUACCGCUACCGUUUUUGAUUUCUAUGUUGUCACUGAGGGAGACAGUGUCCGCCUUGAACCAUGGUCUACUAAAGUCCAAGAGUAUAUUCAUGACCCUGAAUUACCAUUCAGUGAAAUUGUAGUGAAUACUGCUGACACUGCCAGAUUAACGUAUUUGACUGAUCUUUUGGCAGACAAGAAGAAACCUGUAUUGCUUGUCGGUACUGCUGGUACUGGUAAGACUACUGUGGUGAAAGGAAAGCUGAGAAAUCUUGAUGAGGAUACUCUCUACACGACCAUCAACUUUAACAGUAAUACCGACGCUGAAUCAUUCCAAAACAUUCUUGAACAAUCUAUUGUUAAGAAGGCUGGUAAAAUGUAUGGUCCACCAGGUAGAAAGAAGUUAAUUUACUUUAUCGAUGAUUUGAACAUGCCAAAUCCUGACAAGUAUGGAACACAAUCUGCAAUUGAAUUUUUACGUCAACACAUGGAUUAUGGCUUUUGGUACGACAGAAACAACAUGAGUACUAAGGAAGUCGGUAACGUUCAAUAUAUUGCAGCAAUGAAUCCAAAGGCUGGUUCCUUUACUGUCACAGGAAGACUUCAAAGACACUUUGGUAUGUUUGCUUGCACAUUCCCAGCAGAUGCAGACUUGAGAACAAUCUAUUCUCAAAUUAUCAAUUCUCACUUGGAGACCUUUGACAAGAAAGUUCAUAAUGUUGCUGGUAAAUUGGUGGAAGCUACUAUCAAGUUGCAUAAGGAGGUUUCAAAGUUCUUCUUACCAACUGCAGUUAAAUUCCACUAUCAAUUUAACCUUAGAGAGAUUUCUAACCUUUUCCAAGGUCUAUGUCGAUCAACUAAAGAAAAUUACACAGAACCAUCUCAACUUAUUAGAUUGUGGAUGCAUGAAUCGUUCAGAGUAUUCUCUGAUAGAAUGACUGAGCAUGAAGAUGUUGCAAAAUUCAAUGCAAUGGCUACCAAAAUCAGUAAGGAUGUCCUUGAUUGUGAAAUUACAGAUGGUGAGAACUUGAUAUUUGCAUCAUUCAUUUCUGACCAAGAUGGUAACGGUCCUUACAUUGAAGCAACAGAUUAUCAAAAAUUGAAACAAACUCUGGAAAGAAAGUUGGAUGAAUAUAACUCAUCACGAUCCAUUAUGAAUCUCGAGUUGUUUAAACAAGCUAUUUGGCAUAUUUGCAGAAUUAGUCGUAUUUUAUCAAAUCCAAGAGGUAAUGCUCUAUUGGUAGGAGUUGGUGGUAGCGGUAAACAAAGUUUGGCUAGAUUGGCUUCAUUCAUUAACAAUUAUGAAAUUUCGCAAAUCACUGUUACACCAUCCUACAAAAUUCUUGAUUUCAAGAAGGAUCUUUUGGAAUUGUACAAGAAAGCUGGUGAAAAGGACAUGAAGAUUUCAUUCAUCCUAACUGACUCGCAAAUUAUUGACCAAAAGCAACUUGUGUUCAUUAACGACUUUUUAUCAUCUGGAUACAUCCCUGAAUUGUUCACACCUGACGACAUUGAAAAAUCUAUUCAAGCAGUUCAACCAGCUGUUAAAUAUGCUGGUAAGGAUCACAAUGAUAAGAAAGUGUGUUGGGACUUCUUCCUUGAAAAAGUCAAAAAGAAUUUGCACUUGGUGUUGUGCUUCUCUCCAGUUGGUGAGCAAUUACGUACUUGGUGUAGAAAAUUCCCUGCCAUCAUGAAUUGCUCUGUCAUUGAUUGGUUCCAUGAAUGGCCAAGAGAUGCUCUCAUUUCUGUGGCUUACAGAUUCCUUAACUUUGAUGAUCUUCAAUUAGGAGAUGAAGCCAUGAUCACCAAUAUUUCUGAGCAUAUGGCAUUUGUGCAUGAAUCUGUGAGCGAAGCUUGUAAGACUUAUCAACAAGUGGACAGAAGAUACAACUAUACAACACCAAAGAGCUUCCUCGAACUCAUUGAAGUCUACAAGAAGUUGUUGGCAAAGAAGAGAGAAGAGCUCAAUAGCACUAUUGAUAGAUUAAGCAAUGGUUUGACCAAGAUUAAUGAAUCUGAAGAAAAGGUGAAAGAAUUGUCAACCGUUCUUGCUCAAGAAGCUAUUGUAGUCGAAGAGAAGAAGAGAGCCACAGAGGACCUGUUAGCAAAAGUCACUAAGGAAAAUACUUUCUUGGCGAGCCAACAAAAAAUUGUGGAAGAGGAAGAAGUCAAGCAAAACAAGGUUGUUGCUGAAGUUAAUGCUCUUGCAAAAGUUUGUUCCGAAGAGUUAGCAAAGGCAGAACCUCUUAUUGAAAAGGCCAAGAAGAGUUUGGAAGUGUUGAAUGUCAAGGACUUCCAAGAAUUGAAAUCAUUCACAAACCCACCAGCUUUCGUCGACGUUGUCACUGCCGCUGUCAUGAUUUUGAAAGCUCCAAGAGGUGUUCCAAAGAAUGUCGUUUGGGCUGAAAGCAAGAAGAUGAUGAACAAUCCAAACCAAUUCAUGACCGAACUAAUUUCAUUCAAUGCUGAAACUAUUCCAAAGAUUCCACAGGAGAAUAUUGAUGCCCUCAAAAAUAACAAGUAUUUACAACAUCCAGAAUUCAAGCCUGAAUUGAUUCAAAGCAAGUCUAAGGCUGCUGCAGGUUUGUGCGACUGGGUCAUUAACGUGGUUGCGUUCUAUGACUUGGACAAGUUGAUCGAGCCAAAGAGACAACAAUUGGCUCAAGCUAUGGAAGAAAAGGAAAAGAAUGAGAGCCACCUUAGAAAGAUUAGUGACAAAUUGAACUCACUCAGAAAGGCCAAAGAACAAGCAGAAUUGGAACACAACAAUGCUCAACAAGAACUGAUUAGAAUUGAAAAGCAAAAGAAAAAGACAGAAGACAAGCUCAGUCUUGCUCACAGAUUGGUCAAUGGUUUGUCUGACGAAAAAAUUAGAUGGGCUGACUCGAUUAAGGACCUCAAGGAACGUGAAAAGACAUUGAUUGGAGAUGUAUUACUGGCAUCUGCUUUCCUUUCAUAUGUUGGGCCUUUCACUAAAAAGUACAGAGAUCAUUUGGUGAAUGAGAAAUGGAUUAUUGAUCUCAAGGAGAGAAAGAUUCCAACAACCGAAGGUAUUGAUCCUUUGUUUGGUGUUUUGGCUGAAGAUGCCCAAGUUGCUCAGUGGAAUAACGAAGGUCUCCCAUCUGAUAGAGUUUCAAUUGAAAAUGGUGCCAUUGUCACAAAUUGUAAACGUUGGCCGUUAUUGAUUGAUCCUCAAUUACAAGGUGUCAAGUGGAUUAAGAACAUGGAAAGCAAGAACAAUUUACAAGUUGUUCAAUUGACCAAGAAGGGAUAUUUAGAGACUCUUAUUCAUGCCAUCAUGAACGGCUAUCCCGUGCUGUUAGAAAAUGUUGGAGAGUCAAUUGAUCCAAUCCUUGAUCCAUUGUUAUCACAAAGUUACACCAGAAAAGGCAGUUCUGUCAGUAUCAAGCUCGGUAAUCGUGAGGUUGAUUUCGAUCCUAAAUUCAAGCUCUAUAUUCAAACUAAAUUGCCUAAUCCUCAUUAUCGACCAGAAAUUGUUGCUCAAACUACCUUGCUUAACUUUAUGGUCACGGAACAAGGUCUCGAUGAUCAGUUACUUGGUACUGUUGUCAACAAGGAAAGACCUGACUUGGAAGAGCUUCGUCUUUCUUACUUGAGACAACUAAGACAGUUCAAGAUUGACCUGAAGAAUUGUGAAGACGCUCUUAGAAACGAGUUAUCGAACGCUAAGGGUGACUAUUUGGAGAAUCACAGACUCAUUGACAACUUGGAAGCUACCAAAAAGAAGUCACAACAAAUCAAGGUUAGCUUGAAAGAAAUUUUGGAGAAUAACAAGAUGAUUGAUGAAAGUAGACAAGUUUAUAGACCUGUAUCUAUUAGAGGUUCCAUGUUGUACUUCUUGAUUGACCAAUUGUCCAAGAUUGAUCACAUGUAUCAAUAUUCACUUGAAGCUUUCAUGGUUGUGUUCAAUAAGGCUCUUGAAAAGGCAGAAGCUGCAGAGGCUGUAGAAAAGAGAGUGGAAAACAUUGUUGACAGCAUCACCGAGACAUUGUUCAGCUAUGUGUCAAGAGGUUUGUUCGAAAGACACAAACUCAUUUUCUCAACCAUGCUUUGUAUUGAGAUUAUGAAGAAGAAGAAUGAACUCGAUCCUACUCACAUUGACUUUUUGUUGAGAGCACCAAGAAUUGAUGGAAUUGAAAGAAAGGAAACUGUGAUUGGAUGGUGUUCUGAAUUGAGUUGGGCAUAUGUUCAAGCAUUGAGUCAAAUUGAAGGAACAACACCAGCAUUCAACCUCCUUCCUGAGGACAUGGCUGGUUCUUGGAGAAGAUGGAAGGAAUGGACAGAGUUUGAAAAGCCAGAAGAAAAGCCACUUCCAUUAGAAUGGAAGAACUUGACACCAUUCCAAAGAUUAUUAAUUAUUAGAUGUCUCAGACCUGACAGAUUGACAAUGGCUGUCACAAACUUUGUUAAGGAACGUAUUGGAGAAAAAUAUGUCAGAGAUAUCCCAGUUGAUUUGGAGGUUUCAUACCUCGAUUCUGGCCCAACCACACCACUGUUCUUCAUUCUAUCACCUGGUGUAGAUCCUGUCAAAUCUGUUGAAAAGAUUGGUGAAAAGUAUGGAUUCACUACUGCACUUGGAAAAUUCAAGAACGUUUCAUUGGGAGAGGGUCAAACCGUUGUUGCCGAAAAUGCUUUACAACACGCUUUCAGAACUGGUGGUUGGGUCAUGUUGAACAACCUUCACUUGACUCCAGAAUGGUUAGAAGAGAAGGAGAAGGAAUCAGCACUGAAAAAGACAUCUUCCACGACCAAGAUCAAUGCCGAAGAAGCUGAAGUAUCCAUUGAGGUUGCUGAAACGACACCUCCAGCUGAAGAACAACCAGCACAAAUUCCAGCUGAGGAACAUCAUGACGACGAUGAAGAAGAGGAAGAAGACAAUGGACAUCCUGACUUUAGAGUUUUCUUGUCGGCUGAACCUUCGAAUCAAAUUCCAAUUGGUAUUCUGCAAAGAUCCAUCAAAUUGACCAACGAACCUCCAAGCGGAUUGAAAGCAAACUUGGUACGAUCUCUGUUGCAAUUUGAUGAUAAUGUUUGGGAAGGAAGCUCCAAACAAACAGAAUUUAAGGGAAUUUUAUUCUCCCUUUGCUUCUUCCAUGCCUGUAUUGUGGAAAGAAAGAAGUUUGGACCUCAAGGUUGGAACAGAAAUUAUCCAUUUAACCUUGGUGACUUGACAACAUGUAUUCUUGUAUUGAACAACUACUUGGAAGAUAGACCAAAGGUACCAUGGGAAGAUUUACGUUAUGUCUUUGGUGAAAUUAUGUAUGGUGGUCACAUUACUGACGAUUGGGAUCGAAAACUCUGCAAGACCUACUUGGAAAAGUUCAUUCGCCCAGAUGUAGUUGAUCAAAUCGAGUUGUGUCCUGAAUUCUUGUCACCACCCACCAAUUUGAGUCAUAAGGGUUAUUUGGAAUAUGUGGAAAAGAAUCUUCCACCUGAAAGUCCUGUUUGUUAUGGAUUGCAUCCAAAUGCAGAAAUUGGUUUCAGAACUGCUCAAGGUGAAAAUAUGUUUAACAUGAUUACAGAAAUGCAACCAAGAUCUGCUGCAGGAGGAGGUGCUGGAAUGACCUUCCAAGAAAAGGUUCAAGCUGGUAUUCGAAGAAUUUUAGAUGCACUUCCUGAGCCUUUCAAUUUGGAGGAAAUUUCUGAUCGACUCGAUGAAGAGAGAACUCCUUAUCAAAACUCCUUCUAUCAAGAAUGUGAAUACAUGAACAAGUUGCUAGCCGAGCUUGAUCGUUCACUCAAGGAAUUACAAAGUGGUCUGGAUGGUUUAUUGACUAUCAGUGACAAGAUGCAAGUUCUACAAAACGCCAUCUACAUGAACAAGGUACCAGAGACAUGGGCUGCUCUUGCUUAUCCAUCUCCAAGAAAAUUGGACGGUUGGUUCGAUGAUUUACUUCAAAGAUAUCAACAAUUGUUGAACUGGACAGCUGAUUUGCAAACACCAAAGGUUGUUUGGAUUUCUGGUUUGUUCAAUCCUCAAUCAUUCUUGACUGCUAUCAUGCAAACUAUUGCUAGACAAAAGACAUGGGCUCUCGAUGAAAUGACUUUGGUUGCAGAUGUGACCAAGAAGUAUGCUGUUGAUGAAAUUGAACAAGCUGCAAGAGAAGGUGCCUAUGUGACUGGUUUGUCGCUUGAAGGAGCUGCAUGGGACUCUAAGAAGGGAACAUUGGUUGAUUCCAAAUUGAAAGAUCUCCAUCCAAAGAUGCCAAUUAUUCAUAUUAAGGCUGUCCAAAACGAAAAGGCUGAUCCAAACAGCUUCUAUGAUUGCCCUGUUUAUAGAACUCAAGAAAGAGGUCCAGAUUAUAUCUUCACUUGUAAAUUGAAGACUCGUGAUCCUCCAUCCAAGUGGAUUAUGGCUGGAGCUGCAAUGCUUUUGGAUUGUCCUUCAACCAUCUAA